CUGAUGACGUGAGACGGUCAUCAGCAGUGAUUUUGAGGGGGCAUAUAAUCAGCUCUUGGCUGACAUGAUAUUUCAACAGAUAUUAGAUCGUAUCGUCACAUAUGUUGAUUGAAUAACACAUUCAGAACCGCGGUAUCUACAUAAUAAGUAUGGCUCCAGAGACAUCCCUAACUACGCUACCCUCUAUUUUCGAAGCCUACUUCCCAAACACCUCUCUACCCGCCCAGGACACAAUCCCUCGGUGGUCUGAACUGGGGGUCUCGCAUCCUGCGGUGGUGGCAGUGCCCAGAAACGAGGAGGAGAUCAUCACCGCGUUGCGGUUUGCGGCCGAGAACGGGCUUAAGGUCAUUCCAGUCGGAGGGGCCUACAGCCCGUUUAUCCCUAUCGGGUCGCAAAUCAUGUAUCUGGAAAUGAAGAGGUUCAAGGGCAUCUCCAUCCAUGGUGCAUCGAUCACCGUCGGUGGAGGAACCACGAACAAGGAAGUGAUUGAGGCCUGUACAGUAGAAGGGUGUUAUACUUUCACCGGUAAUUCGAACGCCAUAGGAAUGAUCGGGUUCCUUCUCGGCGGUGGCCUGGCCACGUUCAACGGCCUGCACGGCAUUGCCGUCGACCAUAUACUCUCACUGCGAAUCAUCACGGCCAGCGGAAGGGCACUGACUCUCACGCCUGCCAGCACGGAAGCGGAGGGUGACCUGUUCAGUGCGCUCUGUGGUGCAGGACACGGUCUCGCUGUCGUCGUCUCCGCAACGCUGCCUGUGUACCGGUUCUCCAGGCUUCACAUGUCGCCUUCUCCCCCUGACGACGAGGUCUGGGUGUGCAAGGUGAUGUUCCCAGGCAGCGCGGUGGCCAGCGCCGCAAGAGCCUUCCUCACCCUCCACGAUCACCCGGCCCCAGCGAUGAGCGCCAGAAUGCUUUUCAUGCGCGCUCCGCCCUCGGCACCUUCCCCGGGAAGCCCGAUGAUUCUAGUGGCGGCCACGUACUUUGGUGCCUCUGCCGAGGCAGAGAAGCACGCCGCCGUGCUGUUCGAUGAAACCGUGGUGAGCACGGCGGUGUCGACGAACACGAGCAGAGUGCCCUUUGCACGACUGAACGAUGACGUCGAGCCGAUGAAUACGCGCGGGAACCUGAAGCAGCUGGCAAACGCGAUGGUGCGCUCCUUGACUUCUGCUAGCAUCCGCGAUACGUUCUCCAUGUGGCUUCGUUUCGGUGAGGACACGCCCGACGCAAGGGCUCGCUCGGUCGUGCUGUGGGUGAGUUGGGACCCGGCCAAGAUGCUCGCGGACGGAUUGGAGGCGAGACACACCAGGCCGUUUUUCCCGCCGAAAGACCGCCGCGCAUUCGUCCAGACGUGGACCUGGUAUACCGCGUUGGCGACGAGGGAGGCGGCGGACGAGUUUGCGAGCAGGGUGCUUUCGACAGUCAGAGCGCAGGACGUGGUGGAAGGAGUGGCACCGUUGACUUUUGCAAACAACCAGCGACUCGGGGGAGGCGUUGGGGAGGUGUAUACUCUUGAAGAGAUCGAGUCGUUGAAGCGCGUCAAGGAGACCUGGGACAAACAUGGGUUGUUUUGGAGUCCGAUCGUGGAUUGAUUCAUGCUAUGUUUCUGACAUUCCAUGGCUAAUGUUUUUUCCAAAGCAAGGACAAGUACAAAGGGAAAUUGAAUUCAUGCUACUGGAUGGAUUGCCC